UACAGAUAACAGAAACAGUACAUAAAGCCGCACCUCAGGCUCUCAGGUGCACCGCAAGCUCCAAAGAAGAAGAAGAGAAGAGAGAGCGAUGGGUGGACGGAGAGCAUCUUUGGUGGCUCUGCUCCUGCUGUGCGCCGCCGUUGCUGCUCUACGAGGUAGAGCAGCAGACGUCAUUGGUGGGUCCGAUUCUUCUUCUUCUUCUUUGAACAGAAGUGCUGCUUGCGGUUUUCCGGCCAUCUUCAACUUUGGGGACUCGAAUUCCGACACGGGCGCGAUAUCAGCGGCCUUCAACAGGAUUCCUCCGCCAAAUGGCAUGACGUACUUCCACAGGCCCUCCGGCCGCCCCUGCGAUGGCCUUCUCAUUAUUGACCACUUCGCUCAAUAUCUAGGCUUUCCCUUCCUGCACCCUUAUUUGGACUCCAUUGGAGCAAAGUUUCUGCAAGGAGCAAAUUUUGCUGCUAGUGGAGCCACAGUUCAACAUCUGAACUUGACUCUGUUCGAUGGUGGUCUGUGCCCGUUUUCUUUAGAUUACCAGCUGGCUCAGUUCUCUCAAUUGCAAAAUCGGUCCAGUGAAUGCUACAACGAAGGAUGCUCGUAUAACGGUGAACUACCCAAAUCAAAUAUCUUUUCAGAGGCUCUGUACACAUUUGAUAUAGGUCAAAACGAUUUAACGAACGGCUUUCGGAAGCUGCCAAUGGCUCAAGUUGCUGCCAUCAUUCCAGGCGUUCUUGCUCAAGUGUCAUACACAAUACAGAGUCUGUACAGGAGAGGUGCAAGGUACUUUUGGAUUCACAAUACAGGCCCACUUGGCUGCCUACCUCUCUAUGUCAUCUAUGGUCCUUUCACAAAUUUCACCAAGGACAAGCUUGGAUGCGCAGUUUAUCCAAACAAUGUUGCCAUGGAGUUCAAUCGCCAGCUGAAGCAAUUGGUGAGGGAGCUGAGAACCAAGCUGCCUCUUGCUGCAUUGACAUACGUCGACAUCUACUCCGCGAAGUAUAGACUGAUCAGUCAAGCAACUAAGCUUGGUUUUGUUGAUCCACUGAAGCUCUGCUGCGGUGGAGGUGACAAGUUGAUCUACUGUGGAUACAGUGCAAUUGUGAAUGGCGUUGAAGUUGCUGCUCCUAUUUGUGCAGAUCCAUUGAAGUAUGUGAGUUGGGAUGGGAUACAUUAUUCGCAUGCAGCAAACCAACUGAUUGCCAAGCAAGUUGUUGAUGGAUCAUUUUCUGACCCUCCAAUCGCUCUAGAUAAAGCCUGCCAUCGUAUAUCCUUUUUCUUCUCCUUACCGAUAAGCCUUUGUCCUUCCAUGGGUGAUGGGACCGUGCUUUUUGUGCAUUCGUGGGACAUUGGAGCUGCAGCCUUGAAUGGAUCGACGGUCUAUAUCCAAUUGACCCGACCCGACUUCGCUUGGGUUCAUAAUUUGUGCGACCGCUCGCUGCCCGAGAACUGUUGCCGCUGUGUGUGCGUACAACAAAUAACGUCAGAAAAAACAGUAUAUAAACCAGCGCUCAUCUGCACCCGCAGCCGCAUAGCUCCAAAUGAAGACAGUGAGAACGAGAGAGAUGGGUGGACAGACAGCAUCUCUGGUGGCUCUGCUUCUGCUCUGCGUUGGCGUUUCUGCGCUGGGUGGAGGAGACAGCGUGGUCGUUCAAUCCGAGUCUUCUUCGAGCGCUCGUUGCCGUUUUCCGGCCAUCUUCAACUUUGGGGACUCGAACUCCGACACCGGGGGAUAUCAGCGGCCUUCAACAGGACUCCCUCGCCGAAUGGCAUGACAUACUUCCACAGACCCUCCGGCCGCCCCUGCGACGGCCUUCUCAUCAUCGAUCACUUCGCUCAGGACCUAGGCUUUCCCUUCCUGCACCCUUAUUUGGACUCAAUUGGAGCAAGGUUUCUGCAAGGAGCAAAUUUUGCUGCUAGUGGAGCCACAGUUCAACAUCUGAACUUGACUCUCUUUGAUGGUGGUAUAAGCCCAAUGUCAUUAGAUUACCAGCUAGCUCAGUUCGCUCAACUGCAAGAUCGAUCCACUGAAUGCCACAAAGAAGGGUUCUGGUAUGAAGAUCAACUGCCCAAAUCAGAUAUCUUCUCAGAGGCUCUGUACACGUUUGACAUCGGGCAGAAUGAUUUAGCAAAUGGCUUUCGAAAGCUGCCAAUGCAUCAGGUUCCUGCCAUCAUUCCAGACGUUCUUGCUCAAUUCUCAUACACAAUACAGAGCUUGUACAGGAGAGGUGCAAGGUACUUCUGGAUUCACAAUACAGGCCCAAUUGGCUGCCUACCUCUCUAUGUUAUCUAUGGUCCUUUCACAAAUGUCGCCAAGGACAAGCAUGGAUGCGCAGUUGAUCCAAACAAAGUUGCUAUGGAGUUUAAUCGCCAGCUGAAGGAAUUGGUGAUGGAGCUGAGAACCAAACUGCCUCUUGCUGCAUUGACAUAUGUCGACGUCUACUCCGCGAAGUAUAGACUGGUCACUAGAGCAACUAAGCUUGGAUUUGUUGAGCCAUUGAAGUUCUGCUGUGGAAGAGGUGACAAGUUAGACAUCUGGGUUGGCUGUGGAAAGAGAGGAAUUGUGAACGGCGUGGAAGUUGUUGCUACUACUUGUGCUGAUCCGUCAAAGUAUGUAAGUUGGGAUGGGAUCCAUUACACCCACACAGCAAACAAACUGAUUGCCAACCAAAUUUUUCAUGGAUCCUUUUCUGACCCUCCAACCGCUCUACCUGACGCAUGCCAUCGCAUGAAUUGAGAUUGUGGCCUUUCUCAUGCCACAAUCCAAGAGAUGAACAUAUCUUUGAUUUGGGCUUAUUUUCUAUUUUCGAAUCCGAUCAAUUAAUCCAACCCCCAAUCUAUCUGAUAUAUAUAUAUAUGAGAGAGAGUGGUUCGUAGAAACUAGACCAAUAGGUCAGGGACAAAAACCAAACUCUUUAAAUAUGAUAUUUAAAAUGUUUUAUUUUUUAAAUCUAUCAUUAUCAAUAUUAUCUUAAGGAUAAGUCGACGUAUAUAUUAAGUUGAUCAUUUUUUUUUUAUCUUAAUAGUAUUUUUAUAAUAAGGGAAAAUGAAUGGCUCUCAUAACAUUAACAUUUUGGUAAUCGAAAAAUCAACACUUUUCAUAAAAACAACUUGUUUUAAAGCAUGUUUAUAUGUAAAUAGUAUUUUUAAAUAUAUUAAGAUGUCUAUAGUUUUUAUCUCGAACCUAAAUGCCUGUUUUACCAAUUUCUCUCUCUUCUCUCCCUCCUAUAUAUAUAUAUAGUUUAGAUGAAUGGUGAGAGGUAAGAAAAUAUCAUAAAAGCUUUAGAAAGAUAUGUGAAAAUCAUUCCACAUUUGGGGCAGUAGAUAAGGCUUAAUCCCACUAUAUAUAAUUUAGAUGAAUGGUGAGAGCUAAGAAAAUAUCAUAAAAGCUUUAGAAAGAUAUGUGAAAAUCAUUCCACAUUUGGGGCACUAGAUAAGGCUUAAUCCCACCGGCGGAUACCCAUUCGGUCCGUUGCUGAUAAGCACUUUUCGUGGCCCCUCCCAACCGCACCUUACGAUCAAAUGUGACCGUUGUCCUUGUCCCGAAUGACCGAAAAAGAAAGAGGAGAAAAGGGACAAAAGCGUAACGGACAAAAAGUUCUGACCUCCGU